GUUGGGGAGGCAACCUGGGCAACCUGAUCAGGAGACAAGGCCACCGCUCCAAGUCGAGGAACAAACGCUGACCGUGACGAGAAGCGAGAUGCAGAAAAUGAUCACGGAGGCAGUAGCGGCCCAACUCAAACAGACGCCAGUCGAGCAACCAAGGGUCGAACGGCCCAGGAUCGAACAAGCAAGGGUCGAGCAGCCUCAAAAUGAGCAGCAACUCCUUGAGCGCGAGCAACAGGCGCAAUCACAUGAGAGGCAGAACAAGAGGGUAGACGAAGAAGAGUCCUCUGUCAGGACUGUUAAUCCACAAGCCAGAAACGAUACCCUGGAGCAGCUGUUAGUGCAGGUCCGAGACUUGCAGGCUCGAGUAGAAGGAAGAAAAACGGGAAGCUCGAGGGGACAUCCUUUUUCGCAACAUAUUCUAGACGCCGACUUGCCUCAGGGGUUCAGGGAGCUCAACAUCUGGUAUGACGGGUCGACUGAUCCCUCUCGACAUCUAAGGAGUUUCAAAAACAUGGCAAAGGAUAAAAAGCCGGUCGCGACGACUGAAAGAAAGGGAUCCCCGAGGUCUGAAAGAGAUGGACGAUCAAGGGGAUGGAGGACAGCCCAAUAUACUCCUCUGUUAGCUUCGAAUGCAAGGAUACUGGAGGUUAUGGAGAAAGAGAUCCGUGACAAUGUUUUCAGGUGGCCACGGACGAGAAAGGAUGGGCCAACAAAGCCUAAAAGCGAUCUGUAUUGUCGAUUUCACAAAGACUACGGCCAUAAUACCGAUGAAUGUCGACACCUAAAAAAUGAGAUUGAGAGACUAAUCAAAGCGGGCCAUCUGAAGGAAUUCAUUUAUAAAGAUCGAGAACGAACCAGUCGACGAAGGGAGAGAAGCAAAAGCCCUCACAAGAGGGCAAGAACACCCGAUAAGGAGGAGCUUCCCCAGAAAAGAGGAAUAAUUCAUAUGAUAUUUGGAGGGCCAACCGAUGGUGAUUCAAAUCGGGCUAGAAAAGCAUAUGCUCGAGGGCAUCACGGAAAAACCGAAGUGCAACAGGUCGAGGAAGAUGGUCAAGUGAUGAAUUUCGAACCAGCAGACAUGGGAGCGGUCGAGAGACCUCACAACGAUGCCUUGAUGAUCACAGCUCAGAUAUCGGGCUAUGGAGUCCAGAGAAUCUUUGUCGACACAGGGAGCUCGGUGAAUGUGAUUUUUUUUUAUUGUCUUAAACGGAUGGAACUCGACAUUGAACUCUCACCUCUCCACACUUCACUUUUUGGAUUUAAUGGCUCAGAAGUCGCACCCCUAGGGGAAACCACUCUCGCUGUCGUCCUCGGGGAAGGCGACUUAAGGAAGGUGAAGAUGGUGCGAUUUGUCGUGGUCGACGUCGAGUCGGCUUAUAAUGUGAUUCUGGGAAGGCCAGCACUCAACACAUUCCAAGCAGUAGUGUCAACCUAUCAUAUGAAGCUAAAGUUCCCC